AUUUCACACGAAAUGUCCAAACACCAAAAGUGAACUUCAAAUGCGCGUUUUUUUCAGGGCUUUACAAAAAAAAGCGUCUUCCUGCUGCUUUUAGGAUGGUCUAGCAUUUGUGAAACAAAAUGUUUCAGAGCCCCUCAGCCUAUGGAGUGAUCUGUAUAGGCCUCUGGCGGGCUCUGGCGGGCUCUGGCGGGCUCUGGCGGGCUCUGGCGGGCUCUGGCGGGCUCUGGCGGGCUCUGGCGGGCUCUGCUCGCAACCUGGGGUCACGUGACGGCCGUGGAUCCCACCGAGAGGAGCGCUUGUGGUGAGCAUAGCGAUGGGCCACCCGCUGAGCGUUAUGACGCGUUUGGUAGCGGGGGACUUCGGGGUGUCUGGACGGGUAAACAUGUCAAGACGUGUGUGUUUUGCCGGUCGCGGCCGAGUUCGCUGAUCAUAUAGGUGCCCACUCGCAUAAAAGAACAAUAAACAUUUAUAACAUAAUAAUGCAUAAGUGGUUGAGCGCUUGUUCCGUCGGUGUGUGAUGAGGAAAAAGGGACAAGGUAAAAAGUGUAGCGGGUGUCGGUCCAAACGGCGCACAGCCCCCACAAAGCCGUCAGGUCCAAUUUUUUCGCUCAGCCAGACGGGUUUUGCAGGCAAUCUGCUUGUCGUGGGCGGGUCUUUCCGAACGCGCAGGCACCCAGCACCAGUCGUAUGAGGACGCCCGGAGCUGUUGUGUGUGUGUGUGGUUGCAAGGUGGACACGAUCUUGCGUGCGAUCCUCUCCUUUGAAGACGCCAAGAAAAACACUCACUAAACAGCUUCAAUUUCCCCGUAGAGGGAUGCUUCUGCUCCUGUGCUCCCAGAUGGAGUCGAGUAGCGCCGCUAACCUAGCUUGGUCUGGGGUCUGCAUGACUGUCCGUAUACCGCCCUCGAAUGGAAGACCGCUACACUCGCGCAGCUGACUGUAGGCCGUACACCGACACAGCACAUGGUUCUCAUCCUCUAUCUCAUUUGCAGCACAAAGUGGGCAUAUGCGCUCGUCUCUAGGCCGCCCGUACGCGCGGUUUGCAGUGAGUGGCCAGCAGCCCAGGCGGAAACGCAUCAGCGACAUGUGUUGUGCCACUGGGAUAAACGCCUUGCUAUGUGGUGGCAUAAUCAAUGGUGCAGCUCCUCCUCCGCCCAGGCCCAUCCAAUGCUUAUACUUGCUCAUGUGCAAACCGGGUUGCUUGUGGUCAGAUGGGAAUGUGGCUGGCUCGGUGUUCAUCCGCUCGUGCUGCCAUGCCUUCAUGAUAUUUUCUCGGAAUGCACUCAUGAGUGGCCCCUCCGCCAGUGGGCUACCUGCUCUGCUCGCUUCACGUUCAGGGCUUAUCAUGUGCAUGCGCCCUUUCCAAACGUCCACACCAUGUGCGCGCGCAAAGCGAAACAACUUAGCACACCAGCCAUCGCCGUCCGGGCAAGCCAAAGCCUCUCUCACUUCGUCAACCAUUGCGUCGUGCGCUAUGCUAUCUUUUCGGGCAGCUAUCCUAUUGUAGAAGCCGAUGCAUUGCUUGGCGAAGAAGUAAUGGAGGGGUAGUUGUGCCAGUUCCGCAAAUAGCAGUCGGUGUGAUGGGCGCGUUGCGCCUGUGGUCUGCCUCAUGUGAAUCACUUGCAACUUGACGGAGCUGUUAACUGAGAGGAUAGACAGGGGAAACGGAGGCGGGUGUGGGUGCUGACGAUGACGGGUCUUGGACGGACGCAGUCGGUGUUGUCAGACGGUGUGACGCGCUCGCUCCACUGAAGAUGUUGUCGCUCGCUGUAACGCGGUCUCGGU